AAAGACUAGAAAAUUCGGCGUGAAUUGAAAGUCAUAGGAAUAUAAGAAAUAGGAAGGAAGACAGGUAAACAUUUAGAGUGUUGCUUGGAUUUUUCGUUGGAGGCCCAUUUGCGCAAAUAAGUGUGAAAUUUUUACAUCAUGCCUUUAUUAAGAUGGCAGCUUUUGUCAUACCGGAUCGAUUUCACUUCUGUAAAUACAUCAAUCUAAGUAAGGAAGCUAUAUUAAUACUUUAUUCCGUUUUUGUACUCAUUUAACAAGAUUUGCAACGACGUUACACCAUAAAAAUUGUCUCACUUUUGGGAGACAAAAUUCAGUCCUAGAAACUGCGCUUAAAGAUGUCAUCUUCGCUGGAUCCCAACUCGAGUAUUAACGGAUCUUUCCUUAAUUCAUCUUCGUCACCUCUUAAGCAAAAUACACCGUUCUGGAUUCUCAACGUUACCCAGAGCUAUACUAUUCCAUUUACAGUGUGUUACGCCUUGAUUCUGGCCUUGUCCGUUGUAGGCAAUACUUCCAUUAUUGCUAUUGUUUCCAGAAAUGCAUCGAUGCGAAGUACCAUCAACUAUCUGAUCGCCAACAUGGCUGCAACAGACUUGGUUUCGUCAAUUGUUGUGAUAUCUCAAUACUUCUCGAUUGUUCAUAAUUUCUCUUACGAAUGGAAAGUUCCCGGAGUUCUAGGGAAAAUCUUCUGUAAGCUAUGCCCCUUCAUUCGCGAUGUUUCGCUAGCAGUCUCAGUCUUCAGCAUGGUAUCUAUCGCUUUUGAUCGGUUUUUCGCUGUUGUUUUCCCAAUGAGACGAACACCUCGACUUCUACACCUCCGUGUCCUCUUACCAAUCAUUUGGUGCCUAUCACUUGGAACAUUUACGGUGCAUCUGUUUAACUAUCAAACCAUCUCAAUCCAAGGAGUCAACUUAUGUUUCCAUAAAUGGCCUCUUGGAGACUCUGAAACGGUCUUCUACUUUUCCAAAUUGAUAGGGCUUUUUCUUGUACCAUUGGCUAUCAUUGCCAUUUUGUACACUUUAAUUGCAUUGCGCAUGAGACGCCAAAAAAUCCCCGGACAACAAUCUUCUGACGCUACAGAAAGAAGAAGGAGACGCAACAACAACGUUCUUAAGACGUCUGUGACGAUAGUUUUUUUCUUUUUCUUGUGCUGGUGCCCUUAUCAAAUUUUGUUGUUCAAAAAACUGGUAAUUUGGGGAGCAAAAGGCAUUCCUAAAACUCUUGCUUCAAGCGUACAGGUCUUGACACAUGUUUUCAAUUUAUUGUCGUACAUGAGCUUGGCAAUUAAUCCUUAUAUUUGCUUUGCUUUCAGUUCUAAUUAUAGGAAUCGUGCCAAAAGCCUUUUCCCGUUUUCUCUUUUCUUUAUCAAUCGAGUGUCGAAUGAUUCCAUUAGGAUGACAUGAUGUCGUGCUGUACAUACGUACAGACAAAUACGUACGUACAGAGUACCGUAAGUUAGAAAACCGUAAUAGGUUAUUACGUUUUCCACUUGAAACAAAAGUUAUAUUAGACACACGCAUAUACGCAAAGACAGAACGACAGAUAGAUCAAGAAAGACCAAAAUCUUAGAGACAGACAGACAUUAAGAUAUAUGCACAUAAACCUUAAAGACAGAGAUAAAGAAAAACAAAGAAACUAAUAGACAGACAGACACAAAGUGGUGACGGCAGGCACACCGAAAUCAGUUGCCAGACAGGAAAUAAUGGAGAAGUCAGACAAGAUGGUCAGGUAGUAUACAGACAGACAGACACACACACAGACAGACAGACAGACAGACAGACAGACAAACAGCUACCUUGAAUGACUGGAUUGAUUUUCUUCGGAGCAAGUCGCACCAUUGCAGCCAUAUGUCAUGGCUGAGCUUAUUUUGUUGAAAUUUCAAAAGUUAUUUCGGGCAUAUGUAUGUACCUUCCCGACUUUCCUUAGUUGUUCGUGCUAUGUCACACAAGGUCCAUAGUUUAGUAAGAGAAUCUUAAAAGUGUACUCUAAGUGCAAAAAUAUAUAAUUAUGUCUUAAAUACUGUUAUACAAAUGUUCAAGAAGGAUUCUUAUAUCACCGGAAUAAAAACUAGUUGUGGGGAAUA